AUGGGUUCCAAACCUGACAAACAUAUGAAAAUACCAGUGUUUACAGAGUCUCUGGCUCUGAGUUUCCUGCUCACUGUUGGAACCAAAUUGUUGGGAAGUAGCAGCCGCCGCCGCCGCUGGGGAAAUAUCAGCGCCGCAGCCAGCGAGGUAUCAUCCCAGAUGGAGGGGAAUGGAGCGUCAGGAGCCCGGAGCCAGCCCUGUCCCUGUCUGCACUGUCCCAGUGGUCAGUACCCGGGGGGACCAAGUGCUGUCAGUAUUUGGAGACCAUGGCUAAUCACGCCCAGAGAUAUUGCAAGGGAACAGCAAAGACAGAUGACAAUACUGACUGUCUCAGAGAGCGAGCGAACUCGGCAUACACCCAGUGCUGACAAAGUCCCGACAUUCCGACACCCUGUCAAACUUCUCUGGCCAAAAUCAAAACAGUUUGAUUAUUUAUAUGAAGAUGCAGCUCAUUUGUUGGCGAAUUUCCCAGUGCAGGCAACAAUCUCAUUUUACCAGGAGAGUGAUAGUGAAUCAGAAAAUGAAGACAACAAUUAA